AUGGGGAAAAUUCCAGCCAAUCCACCACCGAAAUCUUUGGCACCAAAUCGGAAGGAAAAUCAAAGUUUGCUUUCCAAACUACGCAAAGAGUACGUCAGCAUCACGUUCGCCAAAUCGCUAAUCUUCGACCCGGCCCGGCUACCCUUGAUCUCGAUCCUAAUUUUGGCUGCUGAGUUGGUGCUCAAUGUGUUCGUGGUGCAAAAUGUGCGGUACACCGAGAUCGAUUGGAAAGCUUACAUGCAGGAGUGCGAAGGUUUUCUCAAUGGAACCACGGAUUAUUCGUUGUUGCGUGGUGAUACCGGUCCGCUAGUUUAUCCGGCCGGAUUCGUGUACAUCUAUAGCGCAAUGUACUUUCUCACAUCGCACGGCACCAACAUUCGUUUGGCACAGUACAUCUUCGUUGCGAUUUAUCUACUACAGUUGGUGUUGGUGUUGCGACUUUACUGCAAGAGCCGUAAAAUUCCACCAUAUGUGAUGGUUAUUACCAUCUUCACCUCCUACCGGAUUCACUCCAUCUACGUACUGCGACUGUUUAACGAUCCGAUUGCAAUCCUGUUUCUGUACGCAGCAUUGAACGCAUUCAUCGAUGGUCGAUGGACGCUCGGAAGCGUGAUGCUCAGUUUGGGUGUUUCGGUGAAAAUGAACAUUUUGCUCUUUGCACCUGCAAUUCUACUGCUGUAUAUAACCAACUUGGGAUGGCUGAAAACGGUGCUCCAGUUGGUGGUGUGUGCUGCGAUACAACUUAUCCUAGGCGCGCCAUUCCUUCUUACCCAUCCUUGGCAAUACCUGAAAGGGAGCUUCGAUCUUGGCCGUGUGUUUGAGCACAAAUGGACGGUAAACUAUCGAUUUCUGGAGCCGGAGAUUUUUGAAAGCAAAGUGUUUCAUCUCGCUCUACUCGGACUUCAUCUUACACUGCUGGCCGUAUUUGCAUCACCCUGCUACAAGUACUUCCAAAACUAUUGCCGCCUCCGUCACUUGGAGAUGAUGCUGCUUCCUCAGAUCGAGGCACAAAAUCGGGUCGAAAAAGAAAAGGAGAAAAAAGCAAAGAAAUCUCAAGCUCAAGCCCUUCCAGCUGCCAAAGCAAAGAAGCAGGAGGAAGAAAAACUUACGGAAGAUCAGGAAAAGUUUUUGAAAUCGUUCGAGAAAGGCAUAAAAAAGAUGUCUGGUAAGCAGCAGCAACAGAAAGCUGAACGUCCUGCAGAGGAAGCGGAAAAAUCAGCUGCAACGAACAAAUUCUCGAUCCACUUCGAUCGAUCGACCCAACUCGCUCUACUUCCAAUCUUUCUGUCCAACUUUAUCGGUAUGGUGUGUGCGCGCAGCUUGCACUAUCAGUUCUACGUGUGGUACUUCCACAGCUUGCCGUACCUUACGUGGUACACGGAGUAUACGAAUAGUUUGAAAUUUUUGCUACUUUUGCUGUUGGAGUUUUGUUGGAACACCUACCCUAGUACGGUGCUGAGCAGUCUCGUGCUACACAUGUGCCAUUUGAUAUUGCUCGUCGGAAUUGGAAGAAAGAUGUUCCGUCGUAUUCCGGACCUUGCGCAGCUUAGUAAGACGGAGUAGAAUAAAGUAGCACGUGCAACCGCGUCC